GAGGCCCAUUAAAUUCCCUAUGGUUGAGGAACUAACCUCUGCGACGGCGUGUUCGUGUUUUACCUCAAAAAUCAAUCAAACCUUAGUAGUCCACGCAACGCAACAAAAACUCCAAAAUCUGCAAAUUCCUUCAAUCAAAUUGUGAUCCUAGGAAACGGUUUCGAUAUGUGUCUUGUAAAUAUGCAAAUAAUAACCCGAUGGCGAAACAUUUUGUCGAUCAACAAUCACAUUAUUCCGUCCAUUUCGCAUUUUUCUGCUUUUCAUUCCACUCCUUGUUCAUGUCACAAAUGGAAUACUAACCCAGAUACCAAAAAAGGACAACAACCAUCUAAGAAUCAAAUCAAAUUCGUUACCCGUCAAAAGCGUGCUGAUGCAAAGAAAGCUCUCAAAAGUCUCCUUUACAAUGGUGGAGCCUCGAGAUUUUCAUUUGCGGACAAAGAAACCAAAUGGAAACUUGAUGGAAACUCUGAUGGUCGUUCAAAUAGCUCUUCCAAUAAAGGUCAACCAAAACCUGAUCGGCGGUUUGGUGGAAAACCACCGAAGAAAACUAAAAAAAAAAUCAAAAGAGAAAGUUUUUAUGAGGACACUGAUGACGAACCUGAAGAAGUAUUUCAUGCAACAUUUGGUAACAAACACUAUACAUGGUCCUUCAAGAAGGGAACUUUUUCUGAGCAUUCCACAUAUGGGUUUGAAUGGAGGGAACAUACAAAUAGGACAAACACAAACAAGUGGAAAACCGCAAGUGAUGAUGAGUCUGAUGAUAAUGAUGAAGACUAUGCUUCAUGCCGUGUAGGAUCAAUUUCUGAUAGAACUAUUCUUGGUUUGCCUCCAACAGGUCCAUUAAAGAUAGAAGAUGUUAAAAUUGCUUACCGGUCAUCAGCUUUGAAAUGGCAUCCUGAUAAGCAUCAAGGCCCUUCACAGGCAAUGGCUGAAGAAAAAUUUAAACUAUGUGCAAAUGCAUACAAGACAUUAUGUAAUGCUCUCUCCCCAGCAUAGAAGGCAACAUGGCUUCUCAAAGCUUCCUUAAUUUCACAGUCACUGCUGGUCACCGGUGUAGUUGCAUGUAGGAUCAAAUUUAAUUGGUUGUACUUUAUUCACAAUAAAGUUAAAAAAUUUGCAUCUAUUUAUGUAACUUUAAAAGUGCUCAUUCUAACCAGAAGAGUAGUAAUGGGAUCCGGAUUCCGCGCAGUCGAAUUUUCCGUGCAAUCAUGCAGUCGGUCACUUUAUGGUCGUCCGAUCUUGAUCGGACGAUCAUGAUUUAACAACUGUAUUUUUUGACUGUAUUUAUUUAAACCGUCUGAUCGUGAUCGGACGAC